CUUUCAUGGCAGCAGGCAGCUCCGCCCCCGAGCUUUUCACAUCUUUGAUUGGUGUGUUCAUCACCAAGGGAGACCUGGGGGUGGGAACUAUUGUGGGAUCAGCUGUCUUCAACAUCCUGGUCAUCAUUGGAGUUUGUGGAAUAUUUGCUGGACAGACCAUCACUCUGACCUGGUGGCCACUCUUCCGUGACUCUAUCUACUACAUCCUCUCAGUGUUGGCCUUGAUUCUGAUCAUAUAUGACGAAAAAGUAAUUUGGUGGGAGACUAUAAUCCUCAUAACAAUGUAUGGAGUUUACAUCCUUAUCAUGAGGUUUAACAGUCAGAUUUGGGGCUGGGUGGAGCAGAGGUUUGGUAUCCCAGGUCAGCCGUGUUUGAUGAGCAGUCUGUGCAGAGAUGUGUCGGUAGGAGAGGCAAGCCCACACUGUGACACCUCCAUGAUCCUCUUGAAGAAAGGUCAGAAUGCGGGUGGCCAGGACUCCCCGGUGGUGAUGGUGGAUGAGUUGAUGAGUCUACACCCUCACCAGUUCUCCUUCUCAGAGGCAAGCCUCCGUGUCAUGAUCACGCCUCACUUCUCCCCCCGCACUCGCCUCAGCAUGGCUGGACGCAUGCUCAUCACUGAGGUACUGGCUGGAUGCUUGCUCGCUUUGUGCACGUCUGGAUCUGACAACAGCAUCUCCGUUUCUCAACCAAGAAUAUAAACUAUCAGGCUAGUUUGAUGUAC